AAUUUUAUAUUGAUUUUGAUCGGUUUUUGAUUGGAUUAGAUUAGUUUAGGUCGGAUCAAUCAGAUUGGAUAAGAUUGGAUAGGAUAUGAACACCCCUAGUGUAGAAGCAGCUAAGGACUUCAACAGUGUUGGAUUGCGAAGCUGCCCGAACAUUUGGCGCCGUCUGUGGGAACUCAAACAAGAAGUCGUGUGGCUUAACUUGCUGAAAGAUAAUAUGGUUCGUACCUUUACAGGAGGUCACCCUCCAAGAAAUGAAAUGGACGAACAGGAGGACACUCACGUAUCUGAGCUCAGCUUGAAUGACUUUAGGCCAAUGCCAAGAAAUCUUUUUGUAGGGGGAGCCGAACAGGAUCACCUAAGUGAAACAGAUGAUGAAAGAACACCAACUGGGUAUGCAACCCAGCCUGAACAGUUCCAAGUUCCAACAGGAACAGGAAAAAGACCUUCUAGACCAUCCAAUUCACAGCGUGAACGACCUGAAAGGGAUGCACAACCAGCUGCGGUUGUUGCAACUCGAAAUUCCCCCGCUCUAAGCAACAUAGCAGUGCCGACUAGGCCAAGGGGAAGCGAGAAGCUAAACCUCGAGCCCAGCUCAUCCAAACAUAGUGAAGAACUGAUGAGAAAGAACGCAGACCUUGAAAGACAGCUGCGAGAUGUACAGAAGUCCAUUGACGAGCUGAAAAGUCCCAGGUCGCACCAACAGACCCUGGAUUUGGAUAGUGCUCCACUAAACCUGUCAAUCACAGCAGAACCCUAUCAAGAGGGAUUCAAAAUUCCCCACCUGGAGACAUAUGAUGGCUCGGGCGACCCCGAUGAACAUCUGCACACUUAUCAAGCCAUCAUGAGAAUUCAAAAUGCAAAUGAUGCCAUGAUGUGCAAAGUGUUCCCAGCGACACUGAAAUCAACAGCCAGGAGAUGGUAUCACAAACUCCCCAGACAUUCUAUAGACUCAUACUCCCAGCUCGCCAAGCUAUUCUCCAACAAAUUCGCGAGCCAGAGAGAGAACAAACGCACAGCAACCAAGCUGAUGCAAGUUAAUCAAAGGGAAGGGGAAUCUCUGAGGGACUACAUGCAGCGAUUCAACAAAGCCACUUUGGACAUUGCUAACAUCCCAGAUACCAUCUGCCUGUCCGCCUUGCUACAUGGUUUGAAGCGUGUCCGGUUCCUGGACGACCUCCUAGAAAACCCACCGAGGACUUGGAAUGAAGUGAAUGACAGGGCAGACAAGAACAAGCAUUGUGACUAUCAUCGUACUUAUGGUCACAACACAGAAGACUGCCAACACUUGAAAGACGAGCUGGAAUUCCUAGCUCGCAAUGGGAAACUAGAAGGAUAUGUUCAGAAGCCCCACGCCCAGCAACCCACUCAAACUCAUUUUGUACAGGGGUAUGACCGACUUCAAGGGCAGAGGUGCCAACUCGGCGGGGCACAGGAUGUAUAUCAGGACAAUCAAUAUCCUUCGGAGCAGGGCAGGGCAUACAGAGGGCGUCCGUUCAACAGGAGAGGACAGGGGCAGAGAGCCGCUGCCCAGAACCAAAAAGAUAAGAAAGGGGUAGGCUAUGCUGGGAUACCCCCGCCCUCGGGUACAAUAAACAUGAUAUCAGGUGGUGUUCACUCUGGGGGCCAAAGCGCCCGAGCCCGCAAGGCAUAUGCCCGACAAGUGAUGACUGUCAACAAAAACAGACCCUUGAAGCGACCGUUUGAGGAAGCAGAAUGGGAGAAUACGCCUAUCACAUUCAGCCCGGCAGAUUACAAGCGAGCAGAAGGAGAGCCUGACGUUAUGAUGCCCCAUGCAGAUCCCUUUGUGGCAACGAAGAUGCAGCUAAAUCCGAGCUCACUGCAGAAGCACGAAGGGCCAAUAUACGGGUUUGAUAACCAGCCCGUCCCGGUCGAGGGAGUUAUCACUCUUCCUACAUAUGUGGGCUCAGAACCACGCUUCAGGAUGGCUUCCGUCACCUUCCUGGUUGUUAAGAUGGAAUCAGCUUUCAAUGCUAUAUUAGGAAGAGCCACCCUAUGCGAGCUAAAGGCUGUCGUCUCGCAACCCCAUCUUUGCAUGAAAUUCUCAACUCCUCAAGGGGUAGGAGUGCUUAAAGGAAAUCAAAAGAUGGCCAAAGCCUGCUAUCAAGAUACUUUCAAAAAGGUUGAGCUCGCUGCUGCCUCUUCAGGCUACGAAAAUCGCAGAUCAACCAAGCCCGGGCAGCAGACAAUGAGCAUAUCAGACAUUGAGCACCGACCUGAGGGUGUCGAGCAGAAGGCAGAGCCAGUGGAACCAGUUGAAAUAGUCCCCCUAAACCCUGAUAUGCCAGAAAGGACGGUUAGGAUCGGCACCAAGCUCACAGGAAAGGAACGUGCAGAGCUUCUGGAGUUUUUGUGGAGUAAUCAGGAUGUGUUUGCAUGGGUUAUGGAUGAAAUGCCUGGCAUCCCAGCGGAGUUGACAGUCCACAAGCUCAGCACGGACCCCACCAAAAGGCCAGUGGCAGGCUUCAUCAGAAGAGUGGAGUACUCUGAAUGGGUGUCCAACCCUGUGCUCGUCAAAAAGCCAAAUGGCAAGUGGAGGAUGUGUAUUGAUUUCACCAACCUCAAUGAUGCGUGUCCAAAAGACCCUCAUCCCUUGCCAAACAUCGAGAAGUUAGUAGAACGGGCAGUAGGACAUGAACGGAUGAGUUUUCUUGACGCUAGCUCGGGUUACCACCAGGUCCAGCUGUUGCUAGACGACCAGGAAAAAACAGCUUUUUACGCUGGUGACGCCAUCUACUGCUAUGUCAUGAUGCCGUUUGGCCUCAAAAAUGCUGGAGCAACAUACCAGAAGCUGGUGCAAAUCAUCUUUAAGCUCCAGAUCGACAGAAACAUAGAAGUGUAUGUAGAUGACAUGAUAGUCACCAGCGUGCCAGCUGAGGAUCACAUUGACGACCUGGAUGAAACUUUUCAGAACUUGCGCCGAGCCCAAAUGAAGCUGAAUCCCUUGAAAUGCACGUUUGCUGUGGAAUCAGGGAAAUUCCUAGGGUUUAUAGCUAGAUCGACAGAAAGGUGCCUUCCGUUCUUCAAAGCUCUACGGGAGCCUAAAAACUUUCAGUGGACUGAUGAAUGUCAACAAGCGUUUGACGAGCUCAAACAAUAUUUGGCAUCCGCACCCCUGCUGUCCAAGCCUGUCAAUGGGGAAUGUUUAUAUCUUUAUCUAGGGGUCACAGAAGAAGCGGUGAGUUCAGUGCUACUGAGGGAAGAGAAUAAGAAUCAGAAGCCUAUCUGCUACGUGAGUAAGGUGUUACAAGGUGCCGAGCAGAACUACUCGCUAGCAGAAAAGGCUGCUUUUGCUUUGGUCUGCACAGCUCGUAAGCUGAGAGCUUAUUUCCAGUCUCAUCAGAUUGUUGUCUAUACCGAUUUACCAUUAAGAAAAAUACUGCAGAAACCUGAACUCUCUGGUUGGCUUAUUGGAUGGAGCGUUGAGCUGAGUGAAUAUGACCUGAAAUUUCAGCCGCGCACAACCAUAAAAGGCCAGGCCGUUGCGAACUUUCUGGUGGAGUGCAUCUCAACAACUAAGGAAGAAAAAGCACCCGAACACCCAGUCUGGGUUUUAUAUGUUGACGGAGCUGCUAACAUUGAAGGGUCCGGUGCUGGAGCUGUGUUGGUAGGCCCAGACGGCUUUAGAUCUGAGCAUGCAUUGCGGUUUAAAUUCCAAACCACUAAUAAUGCUGCCGAGUAUGAAGCCCUCAUUUAUGGUUUGAAGCUGGCAUCCGAGCUGAAGGUGCAGAGCAUACAAGUUUUUAGUGAUUCUCAGCUCGUUGUGGGCCAGGUAAAUGGCAGCUGUGAAGUUAGGGAUCCCCAGCUUGGCCGUUAUAACUCUGUGGUCAGCAGAUUGAAGUCAAGAUUUGCUUCCUUUCAGAUCGACAAGAUACCCAGAGCGGAUAACCAACGAGCUGACGAACUGUCAAAGUUAGCCUCCUCGCAAGAGACCAAUCCGCAUAGGUCAACAAUAAUGGAGGUACUUGAUGCUCCUAGCUACACUGACUUCACAGCUGAGGCGGCACAUUUCACUUUGUUAGAUAACCAGCUCUACAAACGGGCAGCCUCUAUGCCCCUAUUACGCUGCCUUACUCCUUACGAAGCUGAAUACGCUGUGAGGGAAGUUCACGAAGGAGUAUGUGGCACGCACAUAGGUGGCAAAACUUUAGCUUGGAAACUCCUUAGGCAUGGGGAAAUGCUAUCAUCUCUCACGUCUCCCUGGCCCUUUGCUCAAUGGGGUGUCGACCUGCUCGGCCCUUUCAUCAAAGGCAAAGAAGGCUACACUUUCCUAGUCGUUGCAGUAGAUUACUUCACUAAGUUGAUAAAAGCUAAACCAUUGUCCACGACAACAGAAAGGAAAAUAGAAGAAUUCUUGUUCAAUUCAAUAUUGCGCAGCAUUGAGCUCGCCUUGACAUCCGUGUAUACUCCACAGUCUAACGGACAAGCCGAGUCCGCCAAUAAAAUCGUCUUGCGAGGCCUCAAGACACGUGUUUUAGCUGCACAUUCGAAUUGGGUCGACGAGCUCAAUAAAGUGCUCUGGUCUUGUCAUACUACACCCAGCUCGGCCACGAGCGAAACUCCUUUCAGCCUUGCCUAUGAAACUGAGGCCGUCAUCCCAGUAGAGGUUGGAUUACCAUCUGAUCGAGCAGGCUGGCAUGACGAUCUCAACAACGAGCAACUGUUGAGAGAAAACCUAGACUUCGUGGAAGAGGUCAGGGAGAUGUCUAGAAUAAGAAACAUGGCGCAUCAAAGUCGUGUUGCAAAAUUUUACAAUAAAAGAGUUCGAGCUCGCCAGUUUCAAGUCGGCGAUCUGGUUCUACACAAAGCGGGAUUGACGAAUACUUGCUCACACAUGGGUAAGCUCGCCCCUAAUUGGGAAGGACCUUAUAUGGUUAUUUCUAUUCAACGACCUGGGUCUUACCGGUUAGCAGAUUUACAAGGUCGUCCAUUACCAUUCAUUUGGAACAUACAUAACCUUAGAAAGUUUUACAGUUAAGAGUUAGUCUUACAGUUAAUAUGUAUGUUAUUAGUGUUUAGGUCGUCAUGGAUCAGUUGUAAAGGGCAUUUCAUAGAGAACU